GACUGAAUAGACACGUUUUAAUUCCUGUCUAUUAAUUAAUCACUCGAGAGUAGGCGAGGCUUUUUACGACCUCUUUUGUUGAUGGAGUCAGACUUUUCAAAACCAAUGUGUCUUUUGGUGCUACGCGCUGACUGUUCGAAGGCUUACGGCAGUUUCCCUCACAAAAAAAAUGUUUUGAGAUAUUUUCUUUGUCUUAAGUUUAAUGAAACGUUUGCCUGCGAAAUCAAUUUAGGAUAAGAGUGAAUUUACAGUCAUGGUUUAUUGGAUCCUUGCGACGUUGGCCCUUUUUGCUCUCCAAACUUCAGCAUAUGUGCCACACAAUGACUCCAGACUCAACCUGAGGACGUUUGCAGGGAUCUUCCUGUCGGUGACUGAUGAGCCCAUCGACUACAUAGGGCUGGAUGUACAGGAGGGUAGUGGCUCAGGGAUGGACCAGGAGCCAGUGAAGAAGCAGGAGCAUGGCCAUCACGGCCCUCGUCGCUCCACCAAGAUUGUCAUCUCUGAGGAGGCCCGCAGCUUCCUCCAGGGUCGCCUAGCAACGGCCUUCGUCCCCACAGUCUACACCCUGGUCUUCAUUAUCAGCGUCCCCCUCAACCUGAUUGCCGUGGUGAUGUUUGUGCGUCGUAUCCGUCCGAGGAAGCCGGCGGUGAUCUACAUGCUGAACCUGGCCAGUGCCGACCUCCUCUUCGCCCUGCUGCUCCCCUUCAGGAUCUCAUACCAUUUCCAUGGCAACAACUGGGUUUAUGGCCCCUUCAUGUGUCGCCUGGUGACAGCAGCCUUCUACUGCAACAUGUAUUGCUCUGUCCUGCUCAUGAUGUGCAUCAGCAUCGACCGCUUCCUGGCGGUGGUCUACCCCAUGGACUCCCUGACGUGGCGUAGUCCACAGACGGCCGCCGUGGUGUGUGGCGCCAUGUGGUUGUUGUCCCUGGGAGGAGUGACCCCCCUCCUGCUCUCCAGACAGACCAUCCAUCUCCCGGAUGUGGGCAUCACUACCUGCCACGACGUGCAGGAUGUAGACAAGCUCCGUGCCUACUACCUCUACUUCUUCCCCAUCUACUCCUCCAUCUUCUUCUUCAUCCCUCUGGUGUUCACAGCUGUGUGCUACGUCCGUAUUGUGCAGGCCCUGGCCGCGGCCAACGUGGAGAACCGCUCCAGGAAGUCUCGUGCGGUGGUGAUGGCGGUGACAGUGCUGGUGGUGUUUGUGGCCUGCUUCACCCCCACCAAUGUCAUCCUCCUGGUGCACUACCUCAAGCUGGCCCACGGACGCAGUGACAGCUCCUACCAGGCCUACCUGCUCUCCAUGUGUGUGGGCAGCAUUAGCUGCUGCCUGGACCCGCUCAUCUACUACUUUGGUUCGUCCCAGUGCCAGAGACAGGUGGCAGCUCUGCUGGGCUGCAGACAGGCUGGGCCAGGAGCAGAGCUAAGCUCUCAGACAGGCAGUACCAGGACCAGCAGACUGGAGAGCAUUCAGAGCACUGUGGGCAGUCAUUACAGGAAGCUCAUGGCCUGACGCCUUAGGACUGCGAAUUCAAACAGACUCUCGGGCUGCAUCUCGAUAGUCUAGAGCAGGGCUUCUUAAACUAUGUGUUGUAACCAAAGUGGGCCCUGGGCAUGUGAGAGGUAGGUCGCUAGUUAUGAUCUGCAUCUAUAAUCACUCGGGCUGUCAAACUAAAACAUUUCAUAGAGUUCAUCUCAGAAUUUGGUGUGAUUAAUUGUGAUAAAUCGCAAAAUCUGAAUGAUCUAAAAUUGAGCUGUAAUUCACCAUUGCUUUUAAUACAAAAAGCAUUACAAGAAUAUUGACAACUUGAUUUUGUCCAAUGUAACGUUAAGCAAAAUCCAUUAAAUUGAUAAAGCACACUAUCUUUAACCUCAAUGUCAACUUGUUUUGACAUUGCAUUGUUGUUUUUAGCAGUAUAGAUUAUGUAUUUUGGUUGCCUGACGACUCAAACUGAAUUAUUCCCCUGCUCCAUGUUCAACUACAUACUUCAAGUCUUACUGCCAAUCGUUGAAGUCGUUUGUGGUGACGUCAAAAUGAGGGGUGUUGUACAAAAUAAAGUCAUCAGUUCGUCUCUAACCAAUCAGAGUAUCAAAGCCUAUGACACAUUUUCUACAUGCCGCUAAUUCCCACGUGUUCUUGCUCUGGCCAACGUAACUGAUUAACUCUGACAGCCCUAGUAAUCACACACUAUUGUUAUUCAUGUGGGUCUUUGGAGGAUGAUUUGGGUCACUAGAGGACGGUCAAUUUCUAAUUUGGGUCUCGAGCUGAAAAGGUUUAAGAACCCCUGGUCUAGAAUGUAUUUGUCUCCUCCCUCAUCUAUUUCCCUUCAUCUGCACUGAUUUAAAACGUUAUAUAGAUGAAGGCAACAUAUGGAUGCCUGCCAGGCAUUUUCGCUCACCUGUCUAGUACCUUUAGAACAAUGCAGAUGAAAGUAAGGAGACAAGGAGAGGACUCCACAUAAGAGUAUUGAGAUGCAGCCACUGUUUACCCUGUCCACCUUGUCAAGUGAGGGAGCUUGAAUUUAUUGCACUUCUCUUUUUGAUUGUCUUAAUUGUUUUUUCAUAGUUUGCGUUAAGUCAAGAGCCAUAUUUUAAUGCCAUUCUACUGAUAUUUACUCGUCUAUAAAUGCUUUGUUACUGCAGAUACUGUAUAUUGAGUAAUGCUUAAGGCACAAUUCUGGAAACAUUCAAUAAAUUCCCAGAUUUUCCAGAAUUCCUGGUUGGAGGGAUCCGGGAAUCCUCCAACUAGGAUUUUGGGAAAACCAUAGAAUUUAUUGAAUGUUCACGUAAUUUUGUAACCUUAGUAAAUAAUACUGUUUAGUGUGCACUCUAUACAUAUACAGUGUGUUGGGAAAGUAAUCAGACCCCUUGACCUUUUCCAUAUUUUGUUAUGUUACAGAAUUAUUCUAAAAUUGAUUUUCCUCACCAAUCUACACCCAAUACCCCAGAAUGACAAAUCAAAAACAGGUUUUUCUAUUUUGUUUUUGUAAAUGUAUUAAAAAUUAAAAACAUACUUUAUUUACA